ACAGAUCUGUUCUAUAAAAGGGUCCAUCCAUCAACCCACCAGUGACACACAUCCGAACAGCAAUACCACCAACCACCUCUCAUACAUACCACCAACCACCAUACUAGAACCUGCCUGUUGGGCGCCGGAGGAGAUGGAGGCAGCGAUCGGCGCGGCGAACGGGCUCAUUGGCAGCGUGCUCAGUCUGCUGUCCAAUGAGCUCGUGGAGGCGUUUGUCGCCAGCUCCCAGCUCGGCCUCAACUACACGGAGAUGAAACGUGAUCUCUUGUUCACACAAGGGCUACUGCAAGAGGCCCAAGCGAGGGGCAAGGAUGUGAGUGACAACUUCGGUCUGCGGGAGCUGCUGAAGGAGUUCAGCGCCAAAGCCGAUGAGGCUGAGGACGCGCUGGAUGAGCUCCACUACUUCAUCAUCCAGGACCAGCUCGACGGCACCCACUAUGCGGUGCCGGACCUGGGUGAUGACCUCCGUGGCCAUGCUCGCCACGGUCGCCAUGCCCUUCGCCACACCAUCGGUAACUGUUUUGCAUGCUUUUCUUGUUCGUGCAUGAAAGGCCUUGAUGAUGGUGUUGCUGCUGCUGCCAUCACUGAUAAUCCACCCAAUGCAAUACUGAACCCUGGCAGUGAUGGUAAUGAUGGUCCAGUUGUUAAGUUGUCUUUCAACAGAGUUGCGAUGUCCAAAAAAAUCAAGUCAGUGAUAGAGGAAAUACAACCCCUGUGUGACCGUGUCUCCACGUUGCUCAAGCUAAUUCCACCACAUAGCACCACCACAAUAGUCACCCAAAGGCACCGUAUCACAGGGUCAACCAUUGUCCAAGAUACAUUGUAUGGGAGGAGAGAUAUUUUUGAGAAAACUGUACAUGACAUCCUCACUAUUGCCACACAACACCAUGAAACCCUUUCCGUUCUUCCUAUAGUUGGUCCAGGGGGUAUUGGAAUGACAACUUUCACCCAACACCUCUAUAAUGAUAAGAGGAUAGAAGAGCACUUUGUUGUUAGGGUUUGGGUAUGUGUAUCAACUGAUUGUGACGAGCUUAGACUCAGCCAACAGGUCCUUAGUAGCAUAGAAGGAAGCAACUCUCCAAAUCAGACAACAAGCUUAGAUCAGCUCCAAAUAUCCAUAGCAGAGAGACUCAAGUCAAAAAGGUUUUUAAUUGUCUUUGAUGAUAUAUGGGAAUGCAAUGGUGAGGGAUGGAAAAAAUUGUUAGCUCCAUUCAAGAAGGGGGAAGCCAAGGGUAACAUGGUUCUCGUGACAACUCGAUUUCCAACAAUAUCUGAAAUGGUGAAAACAACCAACACAAUAGCACUGCAAGGUCUGGAGUUUGAUGACUUCUUCACAUUCUUUAAAUCAUUAAUAUUUGAGGGAAUCAAACUUGAGUAUUACCAAGAGGACUUUGAUGACAUAGCAAGAGAUAUUGCAAAUAAAUUGAAAGGUUCACCGCUAGCAGCCAAAACAGUUGGUCGGUUACUGAGGAAGGAAUUUUCUCGGGAACAUUGGAUGGGAGUUCUUGACAACAAUGAGUGGCAAAAACAAAAAAAUAGUGAUGACAUUAUGCCAUCUUUGAGGAUUAGCUAUGAUCACCUUCCUUUUCAUCUAAAAAAAUGUUUUUCAUAUUUUGCCUUGUUCCCUGAAGAUUACUGGUUUAGGAGUUUAGAUAUUACAUGUUUUUGGAUUGCACUAGGGGUCAUAGAAAAAUAUGAGAAUUAUAUUGAAGAAUUUGUAGAGAAUGGUUUUCUUGUGAAGGAAGUAGAUCAUAAGAAGGAACCAUACUAUGUAAUUCAUGAUUUAUUACAUGAACUGUCUCGAAGUGUUUCAUCACCAGAGUGCCUCAACAUACGUAGUUCAGGUUUUAGGGUUGGUGACAUCCCCCAAACUGUUCGACACUUAUCCAUCACAACAGAAGAUAGGUUUGAAGAGAAUUUUCGGGUAGAAAUGAUUAAAUUGAGAAGCAAGAUAGACAUUGGCAAUUUGCGGGCUUUGAUGAUUUUUGGAGGAUAUGAAGACACAAUAGAUGGUAUGUUGAAAGAUAUUUGUAAAGAAGUAGAGGGUCUCCGUGUCCUACAUAUAGGAGUGAGGUUCAAAGAAUCUUUGCCACUCAAUUUUUCAAAACUUAUCCACCUCCGGUACCUAAAAAUUUGGCACCCAAAUCUAGGCUGUAGGCUAAUUUCUAGUACACUAUCCAGAUUCUAUCACUUGAAAUAUUUAGACCUUUUUGAUUUUUGUGUGAACUUACCUAAAGAUAUUAACCGCCUUAUCAACUUACGUCAUUUUGGUGUUAUCAGUUUACUCCAUGCCCAAGUUCCCGGGGUCGGAAAGAUGAAAUGCCUACAGGAGCUCAAACAAUUCAGUAUUAAAAAAGAGAGUGUUGGAUUUGAAUUGAGAGAGUUGGGGGAACUAACUGAGCUUGGAGGAGAACUCACUAUAUAUGGUCUUGAGAAGGUGGCAACCAUGGAAGAGGCUAAAGAAGCCAAACUUGUGUGUAAAAGAGAUUUGAAAAAACUUACGUUAGUUUGGGGUACAGAUCAUCAAAAUAGUGAUGUUCUUGAUGCUCUUCAGCCGCACCCUAACCUUCAAGCACUUGGCAUUAGAAAUCAUGGUGGUACAAGUGGCCCUAGUUGGUUGUGUGGUGACAUUAGCAUUAAAAUGUUGGGGUCUCUCCACCUAGAGGGUGUGUCUUGGGGCACCCUUCCACCUUUUGGGCAGCUAUUGCAUCUCACAUCACUCACACUGAUCAGCAUUUCUGUACUUCGUGAUAUCAGACCUGGCUUUGGUGGUGUUACGGACAAAAGCUUUGUGAAUUUGAAGAAUAUUGUUCUUGACAGAUUACCUGAAUUUGUCGAGUGGGUUGGGGGGGCUAAUGCCCAAUCUUUUUCAAGGCUUGAAUGCAUCCGCUGCAAAGAUUGUCCCAAACUUUGUGUUGUGCCCUUUCUGGAGUGCACUGUCUCUUAUGCCACUCUGUCAAAUUUUGUUGUUGAUGAUUGCCCUAAGUUGUCCCUGCCCCCCAUGCCUCACACGCCCACACUAACAUCUUAUCUUGUGAGACUUGGUUCCACAAAGCUGUCUUAUGAUGAUGAGGGCUUGGUUAUUGAUGGGUACAGUGGUGAACUGGCCUGGGAUAACCUGCAUGAAGUAGAAGGAAUCAGAAUUGAAAAUGUGUCACACAUUUCAUUGACAGAGCUCAGCAAACUGAAAUCCCUAAAAGGUCUAUGUUUUAGCAAAUGCAACAUCACAUGGCAUGAACCGCAGGACUUCACCUGGCUCCAAGGACUUGCCGUAGAAAACUGUGGCAACUUCUUUCGGUGGCCCAUUGAAGCAGCUCACACCAAGCCUUUCCCCGCUUCCCUCAGGUGUCUUGAGAUUUUUGGAGAGUCAAGCAUGCAGUCAAUGGCUCUGCUAUCAGACCUCACUUGUCUCGAAUCUCUAGCUUUGCUGGACUGUGAGAAUUUAACAGUGGAUGGAUUUAAUCCUCUCAUCACGGUCAACCUCAACUCUUUGUGGGUGUAUAACAAAGGAAAUUGUCUUAGCCGCUCUAUAUCAGCGGAUCUGUUAUCGGAAUUGGUGGUGGCAAGGACCAACCUAUCAUUGUCCGCGGGCUCCUUCCAAUUGGAAUAUCUUACCGUGGAUUGCACCUCAGUGGUGUUUGUUGCUCCCAUCUGCAGCCUCCUCGCUGCUACCCUUCAGGGUUUACGAUUCAGGUGUGAUCAACGGGCAGAAAGCUUCACGGGAGAGGAAGAUGGAGCUCUUCAGCUCCUCACCUCCCUCCGUUACAUCACAUUUGAGGAUUGCCCGAAUCUGCCAUGCCUUCCUCAAGUGGCACACGGUCUUCCUUCUCUUUGCGAUCUAGAGGUCAAAGGUUGUCCUCAAAUCCGAUCUCUGCCCAAGGGAGGCUUCCCCACUUCACUAAGUGUAAGCGUAACGGGUUGCAAUCGCGAGCUAAAUGAGCAACUCCAGAAAUUAAAGGAAACAAACCCAGAUGUUCGUGUGUACAUUCACUAGCCCGGCCAAGGUCUCAGAUCCUAGAUCGAGCUACGUUGUGUGCAUUGCUUGUUUGGAGUAUUGGGGAAAUAUAUAUCGCAGAAGUUUUAGAUGAUAUAAGGGUGCUUUCAAUGUAGUAUAUGGGCACAUAUUUUUUCAAGCUCUUCGUUUCGUAGUACCACCAAGUGCCAACUGCAUCUUGUGCAGACUGUGAAGUUUGCAUAUAUGGUGAAGUUUGACUUGCAUCCUUGAGAGCUCCAGUCAUAAUUUGACAAAAGAAGCAUAUGCCGUAAUGUCCCAGUUCUGCAUCACCAUCCGUCACGAAGCGACCAGGUUAGAUCAUCAUAAGUCGAUGCUACCCCUGACCGCCGGCUAGACCACUCUCAAAGUCUCAAGCUUCAGAGUUUCAGUUCAGAUUUAGCAGAUCAAUUUCAACCAACAGUGGAUUUACAAGUUGGCAUUGAUUCAGAGCUCGGUUGUUCCAUCCAAACAACGAUGGUAAAAACAGAAGCAUCUGUCCGGAUGUCUCGUUGGAGAGCUGAGCGGUUGUGCAUAAUCUACCAUUUAAAAGCAUCACGGUGCUGCUGUGUCUUAACCUUCAGAGUUUCAGCUAACAGGUUGCAGUCAACGGUGAAUUCAGAAAGUCGGUAUUCAGAAGUUAAUUUGGUUGUUACAUCCAAACAGCAAAAGUAACCUGCAAAGAGCCUCUGUCUUCAUUGUCUGGAUGGAGAGCUGCGCACGUGCAUUCACCGUUUCAAAGUUCUGGCAGCUCUUAUAUUACAUUUUGUGUAUUUUGGCACCGGUCUUUGAAAUGGAGUACUGCAAUUUGCUUGCAUUGCAUGGUCAAAUUUGAAGACUUGGCUGGGAUAUAGCGGAUUCAUUCACCAGGAGGUCUCAGAUUAUACAAGCCGUUUCAUUGGUUCCCCUGGAGUAUCGGCCGAUUCACUUGUAUUCAUGCGCAUUGGCUAACUUCCUAGUGACUGGGCAGCUUUUGUUUCACUACAUAAUCAAUUUGGGUGCAAGAGCAAUUUCUCCUCUGUUUAGGUAUAUUGAUCUAUCUGAGCAAUUUUAGAUGAUACAAGUGGCUGUUAAUUACUACUGUAUAUGGAGUAGUCAUCACACCCUUUUUUUGCUCCAUUCUUACAUUGGUUUAAAGCAAGAAUGUGCAUUUAAAUGAAUGCCUAUUUGUGUGCUGGCCUACAGGUGACCUACAGGUCUCAGAUCAUACAAGUCGUUUCAUUGGUUCUCCGGAGUAUCGGCCGACUCACUUGUAUUCAUGCGCAUUUGCUAACUUCCUAGUGACUGGUCAGCUUCCUACUAAUCAAUUUGGUUGCACCAGCAAUUUGCUCCUCUGUUCAGGUUAAUUACAGUACAUCUUGUGCAGACUUUGGAGAUCGCUUGAUGGUGAUGUUUCACUUACAUCCCUCAGAGUUUCAUUGCCAGUUCAGCAGAGGAAUCAGUUUGCAGCCAGCAGUGAACUUACAAGUUGGCAUUCAGAAGUUAAUGACGCGCAGCUGCAGAGAACCCCUGUCUUGAUGCCUCGACGGAGAGCUGCGCAGUUCUGCGACGAUCGUUUCAAAGGCAACUAAAUACAUCAAGGGGUGGUGAUUCAGUUUCCCCUCCUUUUGAUGAAGCCACACACUUGGUUCCUCUGUUUUCUUCCCCAAGGGACCGCCUCAUCCUCCCUCCCUCGCCACCGCCGUCUCUUUCCACCCUCCACCACCGCCUUCUGCACUCUUAUGGCAUUGUAUGGCCACCAUCUCUUCUACCGUGUCUGUUAUCGCCAACCGUUUGCGCCGCCGCCACGUCCUGAUCUGGCUUGCCGCCACCACUCCAUCUUAUUCUACCCUCCUCUCUUAGUCCUUCCAAAUAAACACAGUUUUGAGCAGCAUCUAGGAAUUAGUUAGGCUCUCAAGUCGUGCGUCGUGUCGUGCAUGUAUACGAAAUACACCUUUCAAUUCAUCACCAACACAAAUUGUGUUGGAUCUCUCGCUCUCUAAUAAAUGCCACUUUACACUCCUUCCUUGUUCCUAUCCCCACUGAUCAUCUUGCCGGAUCGGUCGACGGGAGCAAGCAGCAUGGACACAACUUGGCACACCAGAGAUGACGAUGAAGACGACGACGAUGCGGCAUCGGAAAAUCAUGCAUGCUUUUUCUGUAGUGUCGAUCAGUACAACAAUUCUUCCCUACUGCAAUAAACUUACUUACAAGUCUGGGAUUUAAUGAUUGCGGUUCAGUUCCAGCUAUCAAAAGCAAAGAAGCUGAGAACGAAAAGGUUCAAGUGUUGUAACGAACUGCUGCUUCAGUCUGGACAAGCUACCUUAGCUAGCUGUGUUGUUCAGAAUUCAGAUACUCCCUCUGUAAAUAAUUUAUACAGCAAUUAGU